CCGUAAAGUAAACAUAUGGGCAGCAAAACCUAUAUAUUUCAACUUGUCUUUUUCGUGUUUUACUUUCAUUUUUUGCCGCGUUUAGAUGGUAUAUAUUUGCUACUUGACAUGUCAAACCAAUUACAGAUGGUGCCAGAAUGUUGCAGUCCUUUUUGAAGAGUCAAUGAGCUUGUUUUAGUGGUAAGGCUGAAGCAACCGAGUGCAGAAGAAAGUCCAGAAGGAAAGCUGGGGAAAGUACAUCUGCCCCUGCAUUACUUGCUGUUUGGGGUUUUAGGUUGGGUUUCUAUACAGCACUUUAUGACAUAGCCUGAUGUAAGGGCUUUAUAAAUACAUUUGAUUGAUUGGUUGAGUCGGACAAUGAUGGCUCAGUGCAACAUGGCAGUGUUGCCAUUGUUUUAUAAAGUGUUUCUUUGUCAUUUCGAAAUAAACAUAUCUCAAACCUCCAUAUUACACACUCACAAACUGUAAAUGUGUGUACAUUGUACUUUUAAUUGUUUAGCGAGAGAGCCUCAUAUCACAUUAAAUUGCACAUAUCCACAUGAAUGCGGGUCACAUCUUCGGUCAAAUUCGCAUGGGUCAAACAAACAACAACCGAACAUUGCAGUCGAAACUUCAUGACCUUUGAUCACAUGGUUUUUGUGAAGUUCAUGAAGUCGAUGUAAAGGAGCAAAUCGGACCGUUUUUAUCCCCAUAAUAUAUCGCACUUUGAAAUGAAACUUGACAAAAUUGGUCCGCUCGAACGAGCCCAAUCACAACGUUCGGAUCCUGAAUGUAACUCAGAAGAAACCCGGAAGGGUCUUGUCAUCCUAUCCCUUCACAAAAUUACAACGGACAUAGAAACCACCGCUUUCGUAGCUACCUAAACGUAAAAUGUAAACAUUGCUGUCCUUAUUUUAAUCAGUCAGUUAUUUUGUAGCACGCUACGAGCUAACUAACGACGGACUUCUACAGGGUCAAUAAUAUGCCCCAAUGCCGUGUCUUUAGCUUACAAGUAUAAAUCAGUCACCGGUUGUUUUGGCGUGGAGUGGUUUUUAGUCCCUAACGUUACUCGCUAGAGAGUUGGAUACAUUGACAGAAAAGGACAGUCUAACAUUUUUUUGUUAGCAACAAUUCAAGUCACUGUUUUUUUUUCUUCCGACGUCCAGUUGCAAACAUUAACACCGGCAGCGCGAGCACAUUAUAUCAAACCUGCAAGUCAAACGUCAUCACGUAGCUACCUUUUUAAUGGAACAUUUAUGAAUCUGUACUCGGCUCUGUCAAGCCACCAGGGUCUUUUCGUUGCAUCGGGAACAGGAACUCUCAAUUCCGCUUUCUCUUUUAGGCAGAGGAGGACAAGCUUUUUUCAAGAGCUCCUUAUUGUAGGUUCACAAUAAUUAUGGAGCAGCAGCACACGGGCUGUGUGAACCUUUGUAGUCUCACGAGCACUCUACCGGUGAUCCCCUAUCAAAAGCUGACGGACUUGCAUUACCUGAGUAAAGGUGGGUUCGGAACCGUGUUCAAGGCACAGCAUUGCGAUUGGCGGACCACCGUUGCCAUCAAGUGUCUGAAAUUGGAUUCGCCUGUUGGCGAAAGGGAGAGGAAUUGCCUACUGAAGGAGGCGGAGGUGCUUCACAAGGCCAGGUUCAACUACAUCAUCCAAAUCUUUGGCGUAUGUAACGAGCCUGAGUUCUUCUGCAUCGUCACUGAGUACAUGAGCAAUGGCUCUCUGGAUCAGCUGCUUCACGAGAAGACAGUGUACCCCCUGCUGGCCUGGUCGUUGAGGCUGCGUGUCCUGUACGAGAUAGCUCUAGGGGUUAACUUCCUACACAACAUGACCCCACCCCUCCUGCACCACGACCUCAAAACGCAGAACAUUCUGCUCGACGGAGAGUUUCAUGUCAAGAUAGCAGAUUUUGGCCUGUCUAAGUGGCGUCAGCUGUCCAUCAGUAAAGGCUCAGGAUCCAAGCCACCUGAGAUGGGGGGCACCGUCAUCUACAUGCCACCCGAAGCUUACGAACCCUCCAAGAGCCGCAGGGCGGAUGCCAAACACGAUAUGUACAGUUACGCAAUCAUUAUGUGGGAGGUGCUGGCCAGGAGGAUACCAUUUGAAGAGGCGACCAACCCCAUGCAGAUCAUGUUCAGCGUGCUGCGGGGGGCACGUCCGGAAACAGGCCUGGACUGUCUGCCAGGGGACAUCCCCAGCAGGGAGACACUCAUCAACCUCAUGACUUUCGGCUGGACCGCUAACCCCGACGAACGGCAAUCCUUCCUCCAGUGUGUGAUGGAGCUAGAGCCAAUGCUGAGGAGGUUCGAUGAAAUCAACGUCCUGGAGGCUGUGCUGGAGGUCAAGAAGUCAAAGCUGAUGAGGCGGGCAAGCUGUUACUCUGCCACACCCAUGGUGUGUGAGAGGGGGAGGGAAGAGGAGAAGUCUCUGAACAUUCUGAAGAACAACCCCAGUCCCUGGCCAGGAAGCUCCACCUCUGGCUCUGGGUCUUGCUCCUCCCAGGACACGGACAUCUCCCAACCAAGCUCCCUCACUAGCACCAAUGCUCCGCCUUCUAAAGAAGUGUCCCCCUCGUUGUUCAUGCCCCACACACUGGAGCCUCCGCAGCCCCUCAGAGAGCAGAGCCAGGGGGACAACAACCUCAACAACUACCCCCAGAGCGCCAGGCCCAUGGAUGAGCUCAACAUUCCCCUCAAACCAGAUCUGCCUGAAACAGAGUGUGUGACUUACCUGGACAACCUCACCCUGAAGCCACAGCAAUACCAACCCCAGCCAGACUUCAACCCAUCUUCGGAUCCCCCCGACCCAACGCUGGGCCCUGUGGCGCGCUGGAUCGCAGUGCGGCGCGAGGAUAUCGUUUCCCAGAUGACUGAGGCCUGUCUGAACCAGAGCCUGGAUGCCCUGCUGGCUCGCUCUCUCCUGAUGCUCGAGGACUACGAGCUGGUGGUGAACCGGGCCACGCGUACCGCCAAGGUCCGCCAGCUCCUUGACACCUGCCACCGCCACAGCGAGGACUUCUGCCGCGUGGUGGUCCGCAAGCUCCAGGACAACAAGCAAAUGGGCCUACAGCCGUACCCCCCAGAGCUCAGCUCCCCUGUGGCCGUGCCAAGCCCCAGUGCACCCCCACUCUCUGUGUCCUACAACAACCCUAGGAAAUACUAGAACAGAACUAGACCAGAGACUAAACUGUUCCAAGACUGUUAGCUCUUUGAGCUAGGUAGUGGAAGAAGCCUCUACGGUCUGUUAGUCCUGGGUUAUAUUCAUUAGGCACCAAAUGGAAGAAAACUAACUGAAACAGGGAGGGACUACCUAAACUUGUCCAAUAAGACACUUGUUUUCCUUUGCACAUUGUUUUGCUACGGUGUGCACUAGUGAAUGCGACCCUUGGUUUUGACUGAACUUUGAAUUUAGUGUGGUAGGGUCAAGCCCAGCUGUCGUUUCAUAUUGCUCAUCGUGGUACCUACUUUCCUGCCCACUCACACAGGACAUUCUCUGUUGCUACUGUUCAUUGAACUGAAGGUGCCUAGAAGUUGAGCUUAAGAACUUGAAGGUAAAGAUGCCUUUUGGAAAAACAACCAGUAUUCACUAAAUUUCACCUGUUCUCUGAAAGCAGAGAACUGGUUGGGAUUAGCAAUCAUAAUCAAAAACCUGUUAGAAUUUAAUCCAGGCUUUGAAGAAUUAUAUUAUGGAUUUUAUGUCAUUUGACAGGUAAAUCAUCUGGUUCUCUGGAAGCAUUCCCUAUAUUCUGAGUGAUCGGGGUAUGGGCCUGAGUUCUGCUUCUAUGCAUCUUUCUGUUAUUGUUGUCCCCCCUUUGCACUGAAUGGUUAUAUCCAGAGACAUACUAUAUAUCCAGAGACAUACUAUAUAUCCAGAGAGAGACUGUAUCACAUCAUACUGAUCUAAGGCUCUGAUUUCACUCUUUUGAGUGGACAUUCUAGAACAGGGGUAUUGAGCUCUUACACUACGAGGUCCGGAGCCUGCUGGUUUUCAGUUAUACCUGAUCAUUCAUUUCACCCACCUGGUGUUCCAGGUCUAAAUCAGUCCCUGAUUUAAGGGGGAACAAUGAAAAAAGAUAGUGGGACUGGCUUCUAGGUCCGAAGUUGAGUUUGAAGGGUCUAGACUAUAUGGGUCUGGGUGGGACCCAAUUACUGUGACUGAAAUUCUGUAGUUGACCCUCUGAUCCGGGUCUAUGUGACUACAGCUGAUAGACCAGAGUGAACAUGAAUGGAUCUGACCACGUCUCUGCCUUUCCUAAAAAUGGUUUAUUUUACGCUAAUAAGGUGAUUCUAUUGACUUAUGGAGAGCCAACAUAUAAAGACCUAUUUAUUAGCCGGAAGAUGAACUUGGCUGAUUUAACAUAAAUUUGUCACUCUGGUACAAUCAAAUCUGGUCUAGACCCUGACCCCUUAAGGUAUGGGUCCGGUCUAUGUCUGGUUGUUCUCAGGUCUGUUCGGGUCCAUAUCUCCCUUUUUUUUUAUAUAUAUAAAUCUAUAUGUAUAAUCCAGGUCUGAUAAGAUACUCGACUGGACUUCUGCCAUUUUGAAGUUACUGUAGCUUUGUAUCUUACAUUGUGUUUUUAUUUUAUUUUUACAACUGCCUUUUCAAGACGGAUUGUAUUUAUCUUAUAAAGGAGCUUGCGUUGACAUUGACAUAGGAUAGGCCAAAUCAGUGGAUUUAGGUUUGGUGUGUAGAUGUCGCUACUGUAGAGUUAAUCCUUAGUCUUCGUCUUGACAAGUUUACAUAUGGUGACAGACACAAUAACACUGUAGCCAGAAAGCAGAAAAUAAGGUCAUGUAGCUAAUGUAGAUCAGAGUGUACCAGGAUCUGUCUGUAGCUAUUUUGGUAUUCUCCUUGGACUCAAUGGUCUCUGUUAUGGGCGGUUUUUGUAGACAUGUUUUUUUGCAAUAGAGGUCAUGGCCCAUACUUAUACAAAUCUCUGUUUGCUCUACAUGUUUUGGUACAAGACCAGUGAAUGGAUAGAGCAGGGUUUAGUCAUUGAGCCAAGUGCUAACAUGUCCCUCAGCAGCUUAGAGCUGUGGUUGGUUAUCCUGCACUUUGGCAAAGAACAUUCAGCCUCAGAUUGUGGCACUCUGGGUGUGUGAUGCUGAAGUAGUCAGUCAGAGCUGUUUUUUCCCACCUAAAGUUUCCAUCAUCCAGUGCUUUAGGCCAGGUGAGGGGGAUCCUUUAGGCCAGGUGAGGGGGAUCCUUUAGGCCAGGUGAGGGGGAUCCCUACAGUAGAAACCGGUCACAGAAGAAGACGCCAGUGACACACACACUGAAGAGACUGGUGUACGUUUGUCUAAAGUGGGCCAAAGCAAACGGUUUUUUUACAUAGAACACUUAAGCACUUCAUGAAUUGCAUGGACUUCAUAUUUCAUUCAGUGAUCUAUCCUCAGUUUUGUCAGCACAUGACAGGUCUCGAGUAGCAAAGGGCACUUCCUGGGACACAUGACUGGAAUUUAAAUCAUACUAUAGCUUUUAUACAAAUUAAAUCUAUAUACCAUAAAGUAAUUACACUUUUUAAAGUCACAGUCAAAUGUAACUAUCUGCUCUAGGUAGGUGGUCAUUGUCAGCCUUGAGGUUGUAGUUGGAGCAAGCAUAAGGGCCAACUAAAUCUGAGCGCUAUAACUAGCUAGCUACAAUGUACCCUCAAUCUUGGCGCUAUAGCUCGCUGUCAACAAUGCACACAAUCGCCUGUAGAAGCCUCAGCAGGGACCCUGUGUUACGACUGUUUCUCACCUUGAAACUCUCCUCUUCUAAUACAUAUCCAGAAAUGACUAAGUGCCAAAAUACACUGUAGUUAAGCAAUUUCCUGAUAAAAACAACUUUUCCCGUAGUUACCUCACCAUCGUUUCUGUUUCUCUCUGUCAGUGAUGUGUGCAUGCAAUGUCUCCACAUAGGGAACCAAGAGCGCCACUAAAUCAGAGACGUGUAGUUUCUAGAAGCCUUACCGUCAAUGCGCUUCCUUAAAUGAGUUCUGGAGGCACCGUGGCUAAGUAUCAUUACCUAGGGUCUGUGCCCCCACAAUUGUGACCCUUCAAAAUUGAAGAGCACUGGCUGAGGGGUUUUAGUGUGUUUUUUAUUUAUUAAUCGAGGUGUUCUUACCUAUUUUUAUUUUAUUUGUGCUGCAGAAUAAACUACGUUCAUUGUUUAUCAGCUUUUGUUGAAUUAGAACAUGUGCUGUGUCAGUGGUAUAGGGUGGCAACUGGCAAGCCAAAGCCAGCCAGGAGAGAAACUCUUCCAAAAUCCUCUGGACUUUUACUGCCUUGUUUUCAAUACUGUGCCUCAUAUAUUCAAAAAUGUUUGAUUAUUUACCACAAUUCUUUUCUCACGUGAUAUUUGCACAAAACUCCAGAUGUUAUCAAAUUACAUUUUUCUUACAUUCCUAGGCAUCUUGAUAUACUUUUGGACAAAAUGUUGUAUAUGUACAACAAUUGUCUUAUUUCUUUAUUCUAUUUAUCUUUAGCUGAACUCUUGCCUAGUUCUAAACCAUGAGGUGUUAGUUAGAAAAGUGUCUGAAGAAAUCAUUGUUUACAUGGAAUUCCUUCAAGCAGCCAUCAACAUUGCCAUAUUCAUGGCCAGUGUUCUGUUUUAUCCAUAUACUUAUGUAUUUUUUCUUCAUAUCAUUAGCAACAAUAUCAAAUAACCUGUACACACGUGUACACUGAGUAUACCAAACAUUAGGAACACCUUCUUAAAAUUGAGUUGCACCCACUCCCCCCUUUGCCCUCAGAACAGCCUCAAUCGUCAGGGCAUGGACUACAAUGUGCCAAGCGUUCCACAGGGAUGCUGGCCCAUAUUAAUUCCAGUGCUUCCCACAGUUGUUUCAAGUUGGCUGGAUGUCCUUUGGGUGGUGGACCGUUCUCAAUACAUACAGGAAACUGUUGAGUGUGAAAAGCCCAGCAGCGUUACAUUUCUUGACACAAACUGGUGCACCUGGCACCUACUACCAUACCCCGUUCAAAGGCACUUAAAUACCCUCUGAAUGGCACACACUCACAAUCCAGGUUUCAAUCGUCUCCAGGUUUUAAAAUCCUUCUUUAACCUGUCUCCUCCCCUUCAUCCACACUGAUUUUUGAAGGAUAUUUAACUAGUGACAUCAGUAAGUGAUCAUAGCUUUCACCUGGUCAGUCUGUCAUAGCAGGUAUUCUUAAUGUUUUGUAUACUCCGUGUAAUAUGUAGUACUGAAGCAUCUUUUGGCAGAAGUAUAAUUCAAUAUUUACUGUAUAUGUAUUGCAUGAUGUUUUUGAUACUGUUACGCUUUAUUGCUGUGUCAUUAAAGUGUGUGAUCCUUC